UAAAUUGGAGACAUACUGUGAUCCUUGCUUUUCAACAGAAAUGUAUUUGAAGACAUACAGUGGCAUGAUACAUCCAAUUCCUCAUGAGAAGAGAUGGCCUCCAUUAAUUGAUGUCACACCAAAAACUGUCCUUCCACCACCAUUGAGAAGAGCUCCAGGUCGUCCAAGAGUUAAUAGAAGGAGAGGGCCUGAUGAGCCAGGCCAAUCUGUUGCAAAAAGGUCAACCACUAUGAGAUGUGGAAACUGCAAAGCUUUUGGCCAUAACACUAGAACCUGUCAAAGAGCACCUGUGAGACAAAAGAGCACAAGCAGCAGUGGCACGAACAAGGUUACUCAAUUUGCUAGAGGAAAGCCAGGAAGGGGAAUUGCAAAUACAGGGCUUGCAGGAUCUGUUCUAUGGGAUCAUGCUGAUGGCAAUGUGCCUAUUGUGGUUUCUAGUCAAGGCAGUAACAUAAGUCCAUCAACUCAAACACCUGCACUGAAUGCUGACUUAAAUUUGCAAACAGCAACCAAUGCUACUAAGAGAAAGAGAGGGCGGCCUUCAAACAAAUCUGCACCAUCUGCUACAUAUAACCCCAAAAGGAAAACUUCAUCAGCAGCACCUCAGCCAAUUGCAGUUCAACAUACUGCUGCACUACAUCUCAGUGGAAGUGCUCAAGAACAAACAGUUGUCAACAUCAAUGCUUCAGCUUCUCAUGAUUCUCACAAUGUCAGUAGCAGCUUCACCUUUUAGUAGUAUCUGAUUAAGAGUCUUUUGUUAUUUGCAUGUCAGAGGACAUGAAUAUCUGAUCAUGUGGUAUUAACGUUGGAGACAUGUGAUAUCUGAUCUUUUGGUGAUCUCAGUUUGGUAUUUGAAAAUUUGAUAACUGAUCUUUUGGAGAAAUGUAUCUUUUUGUAUGAAACUGGAUACCAAAAGAUGCCAUUUGG